AGGGAACAACACUAGGACGAGCUUGAGUUUGUAAAGAGUUCCUCCUCCUCCUUGCAAAGAGAGGAGAAGUCCGUGUUGGACAGUUUUGCUAUUUUGAACAUUCAAGAUAAAAAGCGCACUUUAUCCGUGCGAAGCUGCUACGGGAAAGUAGGCUGCAGUGUCCUCGACCACAACUCGGAGUUAAACAAAAGACUUGGUUCCGAACGAGCGCCGCCAACUAUGUUUCCGCACCGCCCGCCGGUGUCCUUUUCGGGGAUGCAGCAAGCCUUUGAGGAGCAGGCGACCGAGGCGGAGGAGCAAAUGGUGGUGAAUUUUCUCCGCAUGCAGCAGAACUUUUUUGACAUCAUGCAGAACCACUGUGGGAACAUCUUGGCCGCCAAGCCGCUGGUGAGUCCCCCUUCUGUGGUGUCGCCAAGCAGCCACGUGAAGGGGCCCCCGGGCCCUGCUGCAUCUUCCCCCACGACGUUUGGCGCGAACUACCCGCAAAAGUGCAACAUGUACGAGCCCAUUCCGCUGCCCUGUGCGAAGAUGAAUCCCGCCGUGGAAUUGCAGUUACCGGCGCCCAUCCAGUUGCAGUUGCCAAUGCCUGUGAUGGACCUGGAAGUAGCGCAGAAGGGUAGUACUACUACAUCCAGUGGCGGCGGCGCGCCGCAGAUGCAGUUGCAGCUUCCGAUGAUCAUGCAGCAGAGUAGUUGUUCCGCCAGCCUUACGGAAGAUGAAAACCCCUCCUGCACGAAGAUGAUCGAGGAUUGUGUCGACCGCCAGCAGCUAUUCGCUCCCAGAACCGCUGAACAAAUCCAAAGCCUGGCGAAGGUCGUCUCGGGGCCGCCGGUCCAGUUUCCGCUGGUGCCAACCACCAGUCCCACGGUGCUGAAACAGAUGAAAAAGGACUACCCGAUCGCGUUGCACGACAAGCCGAGAUUUCUCGUGGCCGCGGACCAGGUUGAUGCGGCUGCUUCGGGGGAAGCUGUGAUGAAAGUGAGCAACUUUGACGUGGUUUCCGUUCGUACGGCGGAGGCACCAGAGAACACGGGCGAUGCCCCGGAACAACACCACAAUAGCCGCAAGAACUACCGAACCACUACAAGCUGCUUGCCCGUGCAGGAGAAGAACCCGGAGGCUGUGGUGCCGGAGAUGAGUUUGUUCUGCGGUAAAAACCCACGCAGUUCUACUAGCGCGGCCACUUCUGCGGCCAAAUUGAACAAAAGCAGUACAACUUUUACGUUUUCGACCUCCAAUUCUAAACCGUUCAUCGGACCCAUGUUGCCGAAGCAAAGCGACAUCUCGGAGUUGAAGAUGGAGAUCCAGGCGGCCAUGUGUCCGGUGACCACGGGGAUAGCUGAGCAAGUCAUAUCCUGGGAGGUGCAGAGCGUGCUGGAAAAUCUCCACAUGAAAAGCCACGGAGGUGCAAACGACAACAAAACGGAGUCCCUGGUGGCGCUGGCGUCGUCCACGUCCAAGGAACUGGUGCCGAGCCCGAAGCGUGGUGCCGCAAAUGUGGCCUCCGGCAGCAUCGUACUGUUCGAACCGCAGAACAAGAUGAAACACAGGUGAGUAGAAUCAAUAGUGCUCCGGCUAGUUCUAUACAUACACACUCAUUCGUUCUCUGUCGAAGCAAUGUACCGAAACUAAUUGUACUGCACAACAUGAUCCGUAUCCGAUAGGUAUUUUAUUUCUCACACGAACUGAAUGAAAUUCAAAUUCCCUCGAUCGCAGGUUGCAUCUGCCGCUGGACUGCUGGACCCGUUCGUUGCAUCAACAGGCUAUGAAGAUUCCCCAACAACCCAACGUGAACCUCAGCGACCUGCUCUGUACUUUUGUGUUUGUGGUUUUCCAUCCUUUUUUUUGGAAAGUAGAUUAGGGAAGCUACCUGCAACUUUUAUUGUGCAUCGAUCCAUCGACGACAAAUCGAGCGCACGCAUACUUCUUAGCCUGAUGGGGUGCGGAGGCACGAUAGAAAAUUUGACAUAAGUGAUCGCGGAAACUAUGCCGUUGAUGACAUAGAAAAAUCAUUUAGCCCGCGACUUGCGACUUGUAUGUUGGCUUCGUUUUUCAUCUUUUUUCAUACCACCUUAACAAUGAUUACUGUGUAUUGAUGCACCUCCCACUGCUCAACAACAGCCUUCCGCGCGACUGGUUGUCCGACUUUCACGUACACGGCGUGGACGUUGCUCAGCGGUCUGCUGGCCUGCCAGCAGCAGUCGCGGGCCGAAGCGGCGAGCACCCGGUCCCCCUGUGUGGGCGAGCGGAACGAGGUAACCGCGUCCGGCGCGACGACGCAACCGGAACAGGAUGAGAUCGAGGAGGAGGAGGAGGAGUGGUGUGUGCUGGUGUCGGAAGAGGCCGAGGAGGACGACGAGGCCGAGUGGUAUCCACAGAAAAAAACCCAUCCCCAUCCAGUUUUUGCAUGACAAACACAGGACUUUAUACGUGUUUUGCACGACAAAUUGGAUGUGGAUGGGUGUUUUUUUCUGGAUAAAUGGUGUGUGGAGGACGCCGAGGGCGAGGACGAUAAGUCGGAGGACGAGUGGUGCGUGUUAGAAAAGAAAUGGGUCAUGUGAAGAUCAAAAACACAUCAGCCGCUGCGUUUUUUAUUGCAAGAGAAGUUGCAAGAAAAUUCGAAUGUAGUUUUUCUACGAAGCACUCAACUUUUCCCUUCUCGUCUAUUACAAAUAGCAGCAGAAAAACAAAAAUCAAGCCUCGCUGGUGGGUGUAAAAAGAUAGAAUCACAUGUUUUCAGACCUUUACAACGGAUUGCUCUUGUAUGUUGAAAAUGCUCUAUAAAAAUGUAUUGCUGUCAGGCAACUCAAACUCUCGUCCCGUGAUUUCGUACGUACGAUUUGCAGCAAGCAGUCGUUUUUGUCGAAGAAAAUAAAGGUUUCAAUUUGACGAGUUGAGUUAGUAUCAAUAAGUACCCGUCGUAAAAAACAGAACUACAGACCGACGAUGCUGCGCCUCGGCCUGCGCUUGAUCGUUGUCCGCUAGUGGGUCAGAAUUACUAACUCAAUAAAAGUAGGUAGUCUGUCAUGUUGAUAAAGUUGAUGAUUUGCGUGUCAGAACAGCAGUGAGCAUGAGUUUCCGUUUUGAAGACUAGAGGUGUGGCUGCUUUCACAUUUAUUGUGGAGGCAAUCUGCUUCGAUAAGCGUGUCUCCAUCAUGCUUGGUGCCAGCGUUGUCGUGUCUGUUGGUUAGUUGCGCGAUGCAGCGGCCAAUUGCUUGCUCUAUGACAGCACUGGUAUCAGGCCCUUUUUGUUGUUUUGAGUUUUGUUGUUUUGGCACGAUUGAGUUUUCACUUUGUUUCCGUUUCGUUUCGAAGGUUAAAUGGAUGAGAUUUGAAGCACGAAAUAAAAAUAUAUCGGAUGAAGAUGUAGUAGUAGAGACUGCGUAGUAGUGCUCCGGAACGACCUUAUUUUGCAGAAUUUUUGUUGACUACAGAAAUUUCUGCAUUCCCGAAAACACCGGUCUGCUACAUGGAAAGACUGAACGAGUAUGUAGAAAUCGUAUCUCAAACGUAACCCUAAUGAUAGCUAGGUAAAUGUGCAACUGUGUGUAGAGGCUCCAGAACAAAUGGAUGGAGCGUUGUUGAGAACUAGAACUUUUAUUUAUCUCAGAUUUCCAAAUACUUCCAACCACGAGAGAGAUUCCCUGCUGGUUAUGCCGCAGAAGUUAGGAGGUGUAAACUGAUUUAUGUUUUUCCCCGCUGUAGACGGGAUAGAUACACUUCGUUUACGUCUUAUUGUGGAAGAAGACAGUUUACUUCUGCCGUUCGGCUGAAGGCCAUUCCCUAAUUGGCCGUUUAGUGUGUACUAGUACUACUGUCUGUCUACAAAAUGCCAACCUCUGGGUUGCAUUUUCGUGCAUCCGCGGCCGGUUCGUUGCAUGCGACGAGAACUCGAAUUAGAAUUUUUGUGUGAUAGUCAGUCUUCGCAGCGCGAUAACACCUUCUUCAAGCUCUUUAGCUGAUGUUUGAUGUUGUCCUGUCGGUUGACAACUUCCACUCCCGCCCUCUCACUGUAAUUUUCUUGAGCUUGUCGCUGUUUGGAUGAUUUCGAUUUGACAGCAAGAUAUUUUCUCCAGUCUGUUGUAUUUGUACAAACAAACUUCUUGCAAUGGCGAUCGCCAACCAGUAU